CUUUCCUCAAACAUCCGGCACCAAGUAUUUCUUGUUCUUCUUAAGGAAAGUGAGAGCUGCGUGUCGUUAAAGAUUCAGAGAAGAAUUAAACAAAAACACCGACAAGAUUUGCGGGAUUUGUACUUGGAGGAUGUGCGGUAUGGAUGUGGACCUGGAUGAUGGGGGUUCAGGCGAGGAGGAGAAAGAGGAGGAGUUCUGGAUGGGGGAGGGAGUGAAGAUGCUGCCCCCUCCUGUGGCCCACAGUGGGGGCAGUGCGUGGGGCAGCCGGCGGGGCAGGUGUGGCUGCUUGGUGUGUGGGGCAGGUCUUGUCCUGUGGAACCUGUGUGUGGUGUUAGCCAGCGCACUGCUCCUGGCUGUGGUCUUCUCGCUGGUGCUGCUGCCUGCGAUUCUGCUGCUGUAUGUUGGGUUCCUCUGCCACUCCAGGGUCCUUGAUGCAAACUCUGCCAUCUGCAGUUACCUUGACGACAACAGCUGCUCCGCCCUCAUCAUCCUGGGCUUUGUGAUGAUGUCCCCACUCGUGGUUGUGGCGGCCGCCGUCUUCUGCGGGUUACUCCGGAGGUUUCGACUCCUGCUUUUCAUUCAGCCAAUCACGCGUGCCUGGUACCGAGGGCGGUUGCUGGACUGGAUGGGCGGCAUCCAUGCCUGGGUCUGAACAUCACCAUCUGAUGGGUGAAAGCGCUAAAAGUUUGGCGGAAUCACAAUGUUUUUUAAGAGUAAAUCUAUCAAAGAGACACAGGUAGACUAAAUAAUAGAAACAUCUCACAAUGCAAUCAUUCUGCAGUGAGUUACUGUACAGCGGACACAAAUAUGACUCCAUGUUUUAAUGACUACAAAGGUCAAAUAAUUAAUUUAAACCCUGUUGUGCAGCUCUCUGCAUGUGCACAUCAAUAUUAUAUUCUUUCUUCCUCUCUUUUGUCAAGCUUCAGGGCCAGCGGGUUAAUGAAAACACUGAGUGUUGUUUGAGUUUGCUUCCACUUAAUUUCCUCUUUAGUGUUCUACACACAUGCUAAUUUUAAAUGUUCUACAUUACAUAGCAUCCUUCAAGUCAGAGAAAUGACAGCCAAGCUGCUGUGUUGUGUCCUUGGUAAUGUUAGGUGACGCAAUAUCAGGAUCAAGAGAGAUUUAAAGGGAUACUUCAACAUUUUGGCAAAUUCGUCCAUUGCCAUAAUUCCUGUAGUCUUAGUAAUAGGUUCAUUUCCUUUAGUUGUCGGUGCAAGCUGUCGGGGACCAAUAUACCAGCUGUACAGCUAACGCUAUGGAAGCAGACAGUAUUUUUUUGCUUUCCCUCAUCAAACUCAUCAAAUACACAACUCCAAAACACUCUCGUGGACAGGUUGUGAUCUGUACAUUCAUUCUAUUCAUUCUAAUAGUCCACAAUUUGUCUGAAAGUCCACGAUUAGUACAGAGUGGGUAAAGUCUGGCUCAGACUGCACAAAUUCAGCCAGAUUUUGGCCUGACAGCAAUGUCACAACUCAUUAUCAAAUGUGGGGUUUGAUUAUGAGCAUCAGGAAUAACUUUCUUUAACUGGCAGCCUGAGGGCCACAUCAGGCUCCCGUAGGCUUUCCACCUGGCCACCAGAAGUUUCCUAAAUUCAGAAAAUGUGAGCAUAAAAUAUAUGUUGUGGUAUUUAGUUUUUUUUUUUUUUUUUUAUCCCCAAAGCUAUUAAAACAGACCCAAAAACAAUUAAGAUAGGAAAAGUGUUAUCAGGAAUGACUCAGUGUUUGAUAUAUUUUUUAUAAAUCCACUUAUCAGCCAUUAUUAAACAUGAUCCAAUCAGCUAUUCUUGAUUAAAGCUGCUGUUUUCAUUAUCAACUUUCCAUGUCAUGGUCUUUGAGAGCGCAAUAUCCUGGCCUAAGAAUCAACACCAAAUCAGGAAACACUGUAUUGGCAUUAAACUCAGCCAUAACAGUCAUAACAGCCCUAGAAACAUUCAGCUAAAAUAUCUCAGUUGCCCCCUUGUGGCUGGCCAUGGUAUAGGAACUAAUAAUCUUACUUUUAGAGGCUAAAAUGGCACACAUUCUAAAGAAAAUUAAAAAAAAGAUGUUUUGAAUAUGUUCAUUUAUUUGAAUGUCAGUCCCCCAAAGAGUCCAUUAAUGUAAGGACAAAGCUGUCCCUUGUACAAAUGUAGUUGAUAAUCCCUGCUCUACAGAGUUUCUAUUAUCAAAUGGCGGCUUCUGCUAAAAGCUUCUAUGGAAAAGUACUUGUUUGAAAUGCUGCAAAACCAGGAGUGACCCCAGGGAAAAAUUAGACAUGUAGUCUGGUACACAUGUAAGCUGACUCAUUGCAGUUGACUUCAAAGGGCCCGGCCUUUGUAGCCUGCGUAGACUGCUCAGUUAAAACUGAAAUGAGAUGGCCUCACUUACAAAAUAAUCCUGCUUAGCUGAGGUCUGUGGUUGAGGUAAACAUCAUUGGUAGCUACUUCAUUGAGCUGAAAACCAUUCAUUGCAUUUAGAGUGUAUUAUUCAGCAGUUUCAGAGUCUGAAUUGGUGCCACAAAGGGCCAUGAAUAAUACACUGAAUGGAUCUCCACUGGCUGGGGAAAGAAUCACUGUUUUGUCAGCUGCUUUUAAAGGAAAUUGCACAGCCUUCAGUGCUGUUGUGACAUAAUCGGUAUUCAAAUUUGUGCUCUGAAGGCUGAAGCCCCUAACAUGGGCCUUAGCGCUAAUUAGUGUUCUGAACAACAGCUUUAGACCUCAUCCCAUAUGUUAAACCACAAUGUUUAGUCAGCACACCUCAAUUGUUGUUCUGAAUACACCAACUACAGAUUAAAUACUGUUUAGCUUUGUAAAAUUUGGAAAGAGUCAUGCUAGCCUUAGCCCUCUUUGUCCAAAGAGUUUACAUUCAAAAUGUUUAAUUGAAACACACUGUUGUACUGGUUUAUUAUUGUGAGAUGUCUCGAUUGUUUCGUCUAAUCUGCUUACACUUAAAGUAAUUAAAGAUUUUAAAGGGAUAUCCUUAGAUCCAUCGUAGCAUUUUUUUUAUCCCAGUCUUUCUCCCUUUAAUUUAAAAACAGACUAAUUUUCAGUGUUUUGUAAUGUGACGUCUUCAUACUUAACAUCCUUAGCUACUAUAGCUAAACAUAUUCUGGACUUCUUCUGAUCAGAGAAAACAAAUUAAUAAAAGUGCUUACUAAAUAUUUUUUGUAAAUAAAGGAAAUUAAUUUUCAGAUCAACAUUAGCUCAUUACAAAAGCUUUGACUAAGUAAGACUCAAAGGAAAGAGUUGUUAAUUAUAAGAAAAUAACAGGUGUAGUAAUCGUGAAACAUCUUUUUGUGAUCUUGUGUUGACUGUUUGCUGACUAGUUUGAUGAGUUAAAAUGUGUUCAUUUCUCAGAAAUAUAUUGCUGUGAAUUUAUUUGUGUUGGCAGAUUAGAAAUCUAGUAAAAAUUUAAAGUGUAACUGCAAACAAAAGAGCAGUUGAGUUUAUCUUGGCUGAUUAUACGCCUUAAAACACCCUGAAAAACAGGUUGACUAGUGCUGAAUGUGAGGAUUCAAAAACUUGAUUUUCAUUUGAGUUCAAGUAAAUUGACCAUUAUUAAAUUAGAUUAUUUUAUCUGAUGUAGCAUUGUAAGCAGUCUUGUGGGAGAAAAUUCCAUGUACUAAACAUAUUUGAUCAAGUGGAUCUUUAAUAUCACACUGUGACACGAGGAAACAAUCCUUCCAAACCUAGGUCCAGCUUUGAAAGUGGGAUUUGAAUCAUCAGGGUGGGAGCUCAUUCUGCUGCAGCUUUGCUUCCAGGUCAUUUAAAUUCAUCUGUUGCACACACGGGCUCCACAUUCUUUUUAUCUGCGUGUCAUGGCUCUGUAAUUAGGCGUUCAGAUUUGAGGUUUCAUUUCUCAGAGGAAAAGCCUUGACUCAUCCUGUUCGAGGAACAGUUUUUACUUUUCCUGUACCAGGUAUUAUCAUACAAAGAUGUACUCGUUUGUCAUCUGGACAUAUUUAUUUAUGUGUUAUUGAUCCUCUAUUACUUGUUCAUAUGAAGCCUUGUUAGUUCCAUUAUCUUAAAGAACUGUGCAGGACAAGGGUUAAGUCUGUUUAUUACUAUUAUUACAGGGUCUGAUGCUGGGAAUGUAACACCAAUACAAAUAUACUGCUCUUAUCUGGAAAUCACUUUUUAACCUUUUAUUUCCGGGUUUUUGACAA